AAAAUAUUGUAUUUACUUUAUGUUGGCAACUGCGCAGGGGCUGUCAUAACCGCCAUUUUGCUCUCAACUGUCUUUCCGAUAUCCGCUAAGCGUACUUACACGUGUUGCUCGUUUUAGCCGCAGAAUUAAAGCAAAUUAAAGAAAAAUGGGUCGUGUUCGUACCAAGACCGUGAAGAAGGCCUCGAAAGUGAUCAUCGAGAAGUACUACACGCGAUUAACCCUUGAUUUCCACACGAAUAAACGGAUUUGCGAUGAAAUCGCAAUCAUCCCGACUAAACCCCUUCGCAACAAGAUCGCCGGGUUCGUUACCCACUUGAUGAAGCGGUUGAGGCAUUCGCAGGUGCGAGGAAUUUCAAUAAAACUCCAAGAAGAGGAGCGUGAAAGGCGGGACAACUACGUUCCCGAAGUAUCUGCCUUGGAGCACGAUAUUAUCGAGGUUGAUGCAGAAACCAAGGAAAUGUUGAGGAUGUUGGAGUUCAACAACAUCAGCGGCCUGCAACUGCUGCAGCCCACUGGCAACUACAACAACAGGAGGGCUUAGUUAAGUAAGUCACAGGGAUGUUAUUUUGAGAAAAUAUAACGUCAUUUUCGA